UUUCAUCUUUACAACAGAGUGCGCCCAAAACAGAAUAAAAAGAAUUCAAUUCCAGUUUUCUUAUGCUGCAAAAUAUUUCUAUUUUCUACUUUCCUUCCCUGUUAAGAAAAAUAAAAUGCUACCUUCUUCCUGUUCUGCGUUUCGCUUCCUCACAUUCUCUCGAUCAUCUAGGGUUUCUCCACCCCCAUUCGGUUAACCACGAUCUCGCCGCCGCAACCGCCGCAACUGUAAGCAACACUUGCUCUUUUCAUCAUCAUGGUGUUGUUCAUACCCUCAUAGAGGGGCUUGUAAGAUCAUAGCAGAAGAUGUUUUGGAGAAAAAUUGGGGAUGAGGAAUGUCUUACUUGUUCAAUAUGUUUUUUGAAAGAAGCAGAUUUGAGUGGUUAUAUAUUAGUAUCCAGCAUGUCAUUGCAUAUAAAUGAAUUUUGGUUAAGGAAUGAUACAUAUGGGGUGUGAUUUUUCAAUUUUCGUGAUGUUGUUUGUACACAUAGAGGUUUGUGAUCUUAGUUAGGUGUUUAACAGAGUUAACUUGGUUUGCCGUUCGUCACGACCGAGCGAGUUCUUCCGCUGCUGAUAUAGUUGCAGUUUGUAGAUUAUAUAGUUGAGGAAUGGAUGAUGAAAUAGAUUUUGAGUAUUUUCUUUACAGUUGGAAUGCUAAGAAUCCGACUGAUCGGCUUUUCGUUGUGUCUUGCCUUGUUGCUGCGCUCGUUGGAAUUUUGACCAUAGCCUACACGGCGUUUCAAUGGAGGAGAAACAUCAACUUGAGUUGGAUGAAAGCUGUUGCUAGGUCGAAGAAAAACCCGAAGGCAAGGCACAAAGUUCCUGUGGCCCCUCAUACUUGGAGUCUAGAAUCUGCUUCCCGUGCGAAGAAUUUGAAUUGUUGUGUGUGCUUUAAGUCGAUGUCGCCCUCGCAAACUCUAGGGCCUAUAGCUUCAGAUAGUUUUAUCCACCGUUGCUGUAUUUGCGGUGCAGUUGCUCAUCUUAGCUGUUCUUCUAGUGCCCACAAGGAUUGUAAAUGUGUUUCUAUGAUUGGGUGUGAGCAUGUCAUGCACCAAUGGACUGUUCGUUGGACGGAUGUAUCUGACCAGUCUGAUGAAACUGCUUUCUGUAGUCACUGUGAAGAGCCAUGUGGUGGGACAUUCCUCAGUGGUUCACCUAUAUGGUCUUGCUUGUGGUGCCAACGUUUAGUACAUGUUGAUUGUCAUAGUUCAAUGUCUAAUGAAACGGGUGACAUAUGUGAUUUGGGCCCGUUUAAAAGAUUAAUCCUGUCACCACUAUAUGUGAAGAAAUUGAACUGGAACUUGCCAGGUGGAAUUUUAAGCUCCAUCACACAUGGGGCAAAUGAGAUAGCAUCUUCAGUUCGAGCAAGUAUCAGGAACCAGAGCAAAAAAUACAAGCAUGGAAAUGAAUCAUUGGGUGAAUCUGGAAAUAGUGAGAUUGGUGAAAUGUCCACAGAAACAACUGCCGAUUCUCAUGAAGUAGUUAACGGUCAUCAUGAAAUGGAUGAAAUAAAUAGUGUUGGCUCGAAUACUGAGGCUCGACAUCAAGAUAGUGGAGUUAACAAUAAGAUGGAUAGACCCAGUUUUAGUCGCAAUUCAUCAUUCAAUCAGAAGGAUGAUUCCCGCGUGUUGGGGGUGAAACAGAGAUAUGAGGUGGCUAAUUUACCUCCAGAUGCGAGACCAUUGCUAGUUUUUAUAAACAAGAAGAGUGGUGCCCAACGGGGAGACUCACUUAGGCUGCGUCUGAAUACUCUUUUAAAUCCUGUUCAGGUGUUUGAAUUGAGCUCAUCACAGGGGCCAGAGAUGGGACUCUAUGUGUUUAGAAAGGUGCCUCACUUCAGAGUUCUUGUAUGUGGUGGAGAUGGUACUGUUGGUUGGGUUCUGAAUGCAAUAGACAAGCAAAAUUUUGAAUCCCCUCCCCCUGUUGCUAUUCUUCCUGCUGGUACAGGAAAUGAUCUUGCUAGAGUGCUCUCUUGGGGAGGUGGCUUGGGUCCUGUGGAAAGGCAAGGGGGUCUUAGCACAGUUCUGAAUCACAUAGAACAUGCUGCAGUUACUAUUCUUGACCGGUGGAAGGUAACAAUCAGUCAUCCGCAAGGAAAGCAACAGCUCCAACCACCAAAGUUUAUGAACAAUUAUCUUGGAAUUGGUUGUGAUGCAAAGGUUGCUUUGGACAUUCAUAAUCUCCGGGAAGAGAAUCCAGAGAAGUUUUAUAACCAGUUUAUGAAUAAAGUUCUAUAUGCACGAGAGGGUGCUAAAAAUAUUAUGGAUAGAACAUUUGCGGAUUUCCCUUGGCAAGUUCGGGUUGAGGUGGAUGGAGUUGAAAUUGAGGUCCCUGAGGAUGCUGAAGGUGUGCUUGUUGCAAAUAUUGGAAGCUACAUGGGAGGUGUAGAUUUGUGGCAAAAUGAGGAUGACAAUUAUGAUAAUUUUGAUCCACAAUCUAUGCAUGAUAAGGUACUUGAAGUUGUGAGCAUAUCUGGAACAUGGCAUCUUGGGAAGCUUCAGGUUGGGCUUUCUCGAGCUAGAAGACUUGCGCAAGGACAGUCAAUCAAGGUACAAUUGUUUGCAAUGUUUCCUGUUCAAAUUGAUGGAGAACCUUGGUUUCAGCAACCCUGUACAAUUUCCAUAACCCAUCAUGGCCAGGCCUUCAUGUUGAAGAGGGCGGCUGAGGAACCUCUUGGUCAUGCAGCUGCAAUAAUCACUGAUGUGCUUGAGAAUGCUGAAACCAAUAAUGUAAUUAAUGCUACACAAAAGAGAGCACUUCUUCAUGAGAUGGCACUGAGGCUGUCCUAGGAAUAUUCUCCACCCUGUGAUUAGAGUUUUUGUACCCGUUUUUUGUGAGUAUACUUUGCACACUUCGGUGUAUUACUUUUCCUUUUUGAAGUCUUUAUCUUAAAACCUCCUGCUGCAUCUGAAGCAGGCUUGUAUAUUACAAAUAUUAUACGUCAAAAGAAAGAAUGAAAUCAGAUAGCUUUUAAGUUGA